UUGGGAGCUCCGUUACCGCCCAGGGACUCCCCGCCCCUCCCCCCGCCCCCCGCCGCCUCGUCCUUCCGCGGGGCCCGGUACAUAAGCAGCCCCACAUCCCUGGAGUCGUCACAACUCGUUGGCCUGCCAGCACACCUCCUCUAACUCACUCCCAACUCCCGACGAAGACGAGAUGCAGCCCAAGGCGUGGUUCGUAGCAGUGCUGCUGGUGGCGGGGGUGGGCAUGGCGGAGCCAUUCAUCCUCCUGGCGACGGGCGGCGCAGCGGCUCUACUGGGCGCCGCCACCAUCGGUGCGGGGAUCGGUGCGGGUGCCAUCGUGGGCGCGGGCAUCGGUGCUGGUGCCGUAGUGGGCGCUAAAGCCGGCCUGGCCAAGGUUGGCCUAGCUAAGGCUGGCCUGGCCAAGGUGGGUCUGGGCGCGGUGGCGAACACCUCAUACAGGAGCUAUGGCAGCAACGAGCGGAGCAGAAGCUACGGCGGCAGCAUCAGGGUCAGCAAGAGGUACAGGCGGGAGCUGCCAGGCUUCACCGAGGCGCAGGAGAUGCUGCUGCAGAAGGCUUUCGAGCUGGACCAGCAGGAGCCUUGCGGGCUGCGACUGGUGUGCGAGCUGGCCACGCGCAACCCCGCGGAGCUGACAGAGAACGAGGCGAUUAUCCUGAACCUGCUGAAUCAGCCCCACGCCAGUGACAGCGCGGCCCUGCACUACGACGAGGCCGCCCACCUGGGCCGCACCAGCGGCCCCGACGCGUGCGCUAGCGUCUACCAGAGAUGUGGCAGGAACGCCGCCCAGGUCAUGUGGCAGCUCGAGCUCCUCUCCUAAACCGAAGCAGCAUCGCCCAUACACACCCACACACCCACCCUACAUCUACCUCCCUCACGCUGUGUCACGCCCUCAACACGCCCUCACACACCCGCGCCUCGCCUCUCCUUACGGCUUAUCAUCCUUUAUAUUAUUGCCGAUCACGAACCUUCGAAAAUAAAUAAAUACGAAUAAAA